AUGCACUUGAAUGUGAAUACUGCUUACAAGAAGCAGGCAGCCAUGGAGACUUUGCAAUCACAUUCCAAGAUCAUUGCUAUCUAUGACAAAUACCUCAUGUUAGACACUUGGCUUCCUUAUCAGGUUCCCACACUGCAACCUCUCGUUGAUGAUGAGAAGCGCAAGCCACAAGAAUUCUUCACAAAUCAUUCCAACUGGGAAGCGACAGAGGUUACACUUGGACUGAAGCUGAACCUGGUGAUUGUAUUAUUCCACUUGGAUCGCCUAACAUAUAUUCACAUUUUGUAUUGCACUGGGCAUCAACCCUCCGCAUCUCCACUGCCUAAUCACAUCAUAGAAAAUGACAUUUUGAUGUAUGAUGCUGAGUGUCAAGCCCAAGUUUUCAGCCCUCCAAUUGAGCCUCAAGCUCCCUCUUCUGCGACUCAGAUGAGAGAUGCGAGCACAAGUCCCAUCAUUAGCUCCAAAUCUGUGGACUUCUCGCACCAAACUCCUUCACUGGCAAGACCUUUUCCACUGCCUUCUGCCAUCAAAGAUCAUCUCAAUCGGCUUGUUGCACAGCACUUUCUCGAACUAUCUGAUCAUGUCUUGGUUCCAGCUCUGGAGAAUGCUGUCGAUAGCUUGAUCCCUUCUGUGGUUGAACAGAUAUCAGACAAUAUAAAAAAUGCCACUAUUGGUCCCCAAUCCCAUGGUCGUAAGGGUAAGGAUAUCUUAUCAGAUACGCAAUUAAGUGAUAGUGAGGAUGAUUUGAAACCAAGUCCUUGUAGGAAGCGUCCUGGCAAGCGAGGCCUGAGGAAUUGUUUACAUGUUGCAUUCUGGACCUAUCUAGAAGAGAACAGGCAUCUCAAGGGAAAAAAUUGCUCACUGCCUCAAUCUCCUUCAUUAGAAACUCUUCAUGUGUUCAACAACAACAAUGACUGCAUCCCCACCCAAGGCGAUAUAUCCAUUGAUUGGAAUAACUCACUGAAGAAAUCUCCUUGGAACACGGAAGUCAUUAACCUCCUAGUCAUUACUUUUCAAGCGAAAGUCAGCAAUGGCACCUUUGCAAAAGUCAUCUUUGAUGCAGAAACCAUAAGCCUCGACAAUCUGUGCACAUUGUGCAUUGAGAAACUACGCCAAAUCCAAGUGCAGCAUCGACAACACAUUCAGAUUGGUAAAUUUGCCAAUGUUGAAGACAUGAAUCAGGCUUCUCGCAAAUUAUCAUUGAAGCAACCGACUGGACAGUUAGAUGUUGAACAGAUGAGUGGUGAUGAAACAGACACCCCACUAGGGGUGACUCCGAAGGUGGUAAGGCGAGUUGGCCUUCCAUGGCUCAGCCUUGACAUCAAUGCUUUUGAAUCAGCUGGAGGAACAUUGAUAAAAGUUGGUCCAUUAGAGCUGUGCGCUCAGGACCCAGGAUUUGUGUGCAACCCUCAAACUGCAACACAUUUUAGCACUUAUAUGAAAAAUUGA